AUGGCGUCGACCCUUACUGUCGGCGCCGUGUUACAGGCCAUGGCUGAUGCUUUGCCGACCCAUCAACCAGGUGAUGACAGUUCAGACCUAGCAAGCUCCUAUGAGGCAAUUGCUCUGCUUGUUCAUGCAUACCUGGCCGCGCUAAACUUCCGUCUCUGUGGUUUUGACCAAGAUAAGCCAAUAUGUAAGCAAGGCGACGAGAAACGUCCUGACCUGCCAAAUACACUGACCAAGACCUCUCUCAAAGCUGAGUGUGAAUCUCUCGCACCUCGCCUCCCACCGGCAUGGAAUUCCGGAUUCGGCUCUCUCAGUUUUGUCUACAAGCACAAGCAGUCAUCCAUGCAGUUCGUUUUCCGCAUCGACCGCAUGGGUUCGAAAGUCGAAGUCCGAGGCUUAGCUGUAGGCGAUGAAAACAUCCACCGAUUCGACCGCACAGUGCGCGAUGUUGUUGACUCAAGUGCUCUUCCCAUUCGGAUAUCCAUGGAUCAAGGACAAGAUCGCUCUAAUUUGGUCGAAAAGCUACGUCGGGCGUUUGUCUCGGAGAAUGCAAUCUCUGAUAUGUUGAACGAUCUCAAAGUGAAGAUAGUUCAAAAGCUCAUCCCAAAGCUCCAGAGAGAAGGUUAUGUAGAGACUGCCGACGCAGAGGAAACAGCUCGCUCGGAGCGGCGAGCCCAAGAAGCGCAGAACCCUCGCCGUCCCUACAAUCCGACUGUCGAUCCGAACAUUCCUUACAACCCACAGGGUCCACUUCCCGAAAUGGCUCGCCCUCGGCCUGGUGCGCCGGUUGGUGACUUUCCGCUGCCUGGAUUCGAAGAUGAGUAUGAGAUGUUGAGACCACAUCCGCGCGGGCCAGUAGUGAUGCCGGGCGGGCGUCAUCCAUUAAAUAUUGGCCACGACGACUUAAAUCCUCCUGGACUUGGCCCUCACGACCCGCUUCGAGGGUCAUUUGUCCCUGGGGGCUUACCACAUCCAGGAGCACCUGGUGGUAUGCAUCCGACUUUUGAUGACCCUCUUUUUACUGGACAAGGACAAGGCGGUAUGGGCGGCCCGGGAGCCUAUGACCCGCAAGCGCCUCCUGGCGCUCGUUGGGAUCCCGUCAUGCCAGGAGGCGCACCAAGAUUCCCUGGCCAAGGUCAAGGACGAGGCAAUGGUCCAUUUGGUGGAUCUGGAGACGGAGGCUUUGGCGGUGGCUUUGGUGGAGGGCAUAUUAUUUGA